AUGGACCAAAUCAACCGCGAGUACCUGGGAAACUCCGCCCACAAUGAGGCAGCGUCGGGAAGAUUCCCGUCAGACGUUAUUCAUUGUCCUCUCUCCCUCCUCGUCAGUUGGUCACACUACCCAUCCCCAUUUACUAACAGUAUUGGUCAUCUGAGUCUUCUAUCAUUCAUUUCUACGGGGAUGUCGUCGAAAAGACCUUUGGCCUAUCCCAACUGGCAAUGCGUCAUUAAGUACAUGAAUUCCAAUACGAGAAUCCUGCUCUCUCAACAUUGUCCAGAACUUCAGCGACUCGAAAAAUCGAUACCUCUGAAAGUUCGUUCAUUCGAUUUCUGCUGCCAAGGCCGUAUCUUUCUUCACGAUAGUAUUUACCAAGUUGGCAUUAUCCGUCAGUACCACGAUAAAAAUUAUGAAAUCCCUGGAGACAUUCAGUGGUAUAACAAUAAUGGUGGAAUGAGAAAUGAUGUCGAUAAAUACGGAUUCCCGUCUGGUUACCUCCGAAUGGAUGAUGGUUAUCUCCAAAAGCGGAAGAAGAAGUUCCAGAAGAGAAUUAAAAAACUGAAGAAGAAAUUGCCAGGAUCUGCUGAACGUUUGAACUUUGCCGUGAAAAAUCUGAAGCUUCAAAACGAUAUUAUUUUUCGCCGCGAUCUUCAAUCGAACCAUCUCGAUCCACCGUUUACCCACUAUCUCCAACUCUCUAUUACUCCAAAUAGUCUGUUUGCAAAGUAUGUAAAAGACUAUAUCCCUUCUCUAACAAAUGGUACAACACGAACGGAACGACUAAUCUACAAACAGCCGUUUAAGAAUGCUCAAAAGUAUCUCAUUGACAAGUUAUUCGGAGGAAGAUCGCAGAUAUUUAUUGGUCAUAUGGGAGGUUCACUUGAUGAUCAACAUUUUCCGAUGGGUUCUUUGCUGCGUGUUCAACAUUUAAACAUUCAAUCUUGGUCGUUUGUUCGUUAUCAAGCUAAGCUAGAAAGUGUACUGGACUACAAAAACUUCCCAUUGGAAACACUCUCUUUGAGUGGAGAGGAACUGGAUCAUCCAAUAGUUGAAACUGCUCAGCAGCUUCUAUUCACUGGACUACCUUCCGGCUUUCCUUUAAUCCGUCAUCGGAAUGUCCAGUUUACUUGUUAUUUUGACAACACAGCGUCAGUUCUGCGAUUAGUUCAACAUAUGCUGAGUACAAAAAAAAACGUCGGAGUUUGCUAUGUAUUCAAUUAUUGGUGCAGUGUAAGGUUAACGGAAUUAGUUGAGAAAGUCAAGGAAGCUCAUGAAGAACGAGUGAAACUAUUUGUGAAUACAAGAAACGAUGCAUUCUCAAAUUGUGUCGUUCUCCAAAUGACAGAAACAGCUGAUCUAUUUGUCUACUGGACAAGCGCAAAAAUGAAUUAUCUCAAAAUAGAAGUGUUGCUAUCCGGAAGUCCAGUACCAAUCGAGCAUAACUAA